AUGAUGACCUACGCGGUUGGCAUGGACGGGAGCAUGCGGUGGCUGUCGGAAGGCGUAUUCGUAACCAUGUCGCCUUCUGUGCCGUACUCUGUUUCCCUGAACUCUGUCCCCACACGCCACACCGAGCGCGCGGGCACCUACUCAGAAAGGAGUCCGGACGCCCAGCCUUCAAAAGAGUCCUCCAAGACACCGUCGUCGGGGGGCCUAGCCGGAGUUGUCGCUGGAGAGUCGUCUAUCUGCACGGUUGCCUUGGGGAGCGGGCUGAACUACAGAGGAUACAAUGUUGUGGAUUUGGCCCGAGAGGCAACUUUCGAGGAGGUGGUGCAUUUGCUUUUGCUUGGCGAGCUACCAAACCAACAACAACUGGUAACCCUUAAGAAAAAGCUUUACGAGGCGAGGCAGCUGCCACCUCCGCUCCUCGCAGUCCUCAGACAAAUACCGAAAGAAGCCCAUCCCAUGGAUGUCUUGAGGACGACGUGCUCUGUCGUGGGCACUCUAGAGCCGGAAAUCAACCCACCUCAGCAACAGGUUGACGUAUGCUUUGCCGCACAGCCAAGCCCAGAGAUCCGCUUUCUGCAGUCUGUACUGAUUGCAAUUCGUCUCAUUGGUUGUUUCGGAGGCGCCUUGAACUACUGGUACCACUUCGCCAAUUCGGGCAAAGAAAUAUCACUUGCGUCUGAUCCUGAGGAUUCGGUAGCCACAAACUUUCUGAAAUUACUAAACGGGGACCCGGCCUUUACUCCCCACCCCAUAGUGGCGAAGACGCUGGACACAUCUCUUAUCCUGUACGCAGAGCACGACUUCAACGCGUCGACCUUCGCGUGCCGCGUUACUGCGGGAACCCGCAGCGACCUCUACAGCUGCAUUUGCUCGGGAAUAGGAACAUUGAAGGGGCCCUUGCACGGGGGGGCCAACCAAGCAGCUCUGGAGAUGCUGCUCCCCUUGGCCUCCAUUGAGGAAGCAAAGCAACGGCUGGAGGAAGCUUUCGCUCACCGGGAGGUCAUCAUGGGCUUUGGCCACCGGAUGUACAAACAUGGAGACCCGAGGGCUCCUUUGAUGCGCCGGCUGGCCGAAGCCCUCGCCGCUGCACAGCUGCCCGAUUCCGACCCGGAGAUGGUGCGAAUUGGGGCCUUUAUUGAGGAGCACAUGCUCAGGAGGAAAAAUAUGCACGCAAACGUCGACUUCUCGGCAGCAAUUGCGUACAAGCAGUCAGACUAA